AUGAACCAAUAUUACGUGAUCUAUACGAUAUUGCUUGCGCAUGCAUUACCAUUAGACGCUUACUGCCCUGAAUCGACGGUAGCGUCACUGCCCUUUGUGCUGGAGUACGCAGUGUGGCGUGGAUGGCAUCAAGCCGUGAUUUAUACCCCAGAUCUCGAACCAGGUUGUCAAUGGGCUAUAGUGCGACUGAUGAAGUGUUUAAGUAUAAAUGGAGUGGCAUCAACAUCUCAGCUGUUUAAAAGUUUCCAUAUGCGAGCUAAUAUCGGCAUCAUCAUCUUAUCUCCACGUCUUAAACGAAAUGCCACUGCGAACUUAACGAAACUUGUUAAUAAGUUACAUGAGCUACAAAUGGAUACAUCAUCUUACGACUGGCUUAUAGCAGCGCGCUCAAAUCGAGACUUCAUUUUCAUAAACGAAAUAUUAAAUGCAACAGCGCUUCGCUUUGAUCAAAAUAUUGUCGUCUCUUUCACGCAAACUAAAUACACUUCGAAGUCAAACAGCUUGGGUCUGUGCGAUGGAAAUUUCAUUUACAAAGCGAGAAGUAAUUCUCAACGUCGAAUACAUCGAGAGUACCAUCGCAAUGAAUACCGGAAUAAUUACAGAAAGCAGAGUAUCAAAACUGAAUACGAAAGGAACUAUUACCGUACCUCAGAAAGAUUUAUUAACCUGACAAGGAAUAAUACGUAUAAAAAGAAUGGGAAUAUUUUACCUCUGUUUCAGUCUGGAGUCACCAACUACAAUUACUCGAGAACAUUUACCAUGUCAAAUAUAAGUAGAUUCUCUUUGAUCGAACAAUCUCGGAAGUGGGGCCUCGUUCACAGGCUGGAACCAACUGAGAGAGUCAUCAGUGUUGUACAGUAUUUUAAAGUACGCAGCAAUUCUACGCUCUAUGUUUGUUUUUUAGGUAAUUGGGAUCGUGUUAGGUCAGUGUCAGGAGUGGAAGUUCCAUACCCGGUUGAAGCUCGGAAUUUCUUGGGUGAGGAGCUGGUAGUAGGAAGGUGCAACUCCACUGGUGAUGGAAACCCAUCAUUGGAAGACGACGGCCCUUCUGCUGAAGAGAUGUUAGAUGACAUCCUGCACUUUCUGACAGUACGAUUAAACACUACGUCUUCAAUUCGAUACUACAGUAAACUAGGGUUCCGAACUUAUGAAGGUACUUGGACUGGUCUACUUGGAGCUCUGAUGGACCAUACAGUAGACGUGGCUUUGGAACCAGUCACCGUCCAUGCAUCUCGACGACAAGAUAUGGACUUCAUCUUUCCUAUUGCUGAGACCAUGUGUAACAUCUACAUCCGCCAGCAAGAGACUUCAACAGUCAGGGACAUAUUCCUGGCUCCAUUCAGCAUUCGACUGGUUGCCUGUGUGGUUGCGGUGGUACUGAUCGCUGCUAUUGCUAUCGUGCUGAUCAGCCACGUCACCUCAACCAUCUGCGUGAACAACCGCCGCAUGGGGUACACGGAAGCCUUGAUCUGGUCUACUGGGAUCCUUUGUCAGCAAGGUGGUACCUGGACGCCUUCGAAUCCAUCUGGCAGUGUGUUGCUGAUCGUAUGCCUGUUCUUUGCUGUGGUGACAUACAAUGCGUAUGCGGCGUUUAUAACCUCCGUGCUGUCUGUAAGAGUGGCCAGUGUGGACACCAUCGCGGCUGUUCUUCAUUCACCUAACUUCAAGAUUGGGUACAUAAGGAAUGGAGCGGAUCAGAUGUAUCUUAUGUCGACAAAGGAUGUCCAGUUGAAUGCUUUCUACAUUCGAGGAUAUUCUGAUGCGGAUAAUUUAGUAUCAUCAGCGGAAGAAGGGCUGGCCAGAGCUGCAAGUCAAGACUAUGCUUUCUUUGCGGGGCAAAGAGUCGCUCGAGCCACUUUAAGAUCGCUUAGCCAAGCUCGUGGUAGGUGCGCAGUGAGGGAAUUACCCGUACAUUCGACUCGUGCGCAUCUCGCCUUUCCUCUACCACGUCAGUCGCCGUACGCUAGACCUACCCUACUAACCCUUCUCCAGCUUCGUAGUGGUGGAGCCCUGGCCCGCCUUGAGGCUGCCCUGGUUCCAGACAUGCCGCAGUGUGCUCCGCCUCCCGGCUUCGCCUCCGCUAGAGCGACUGAUGUACGAUCCGCACUCAUCCUACUUAUCGUCGGACUCAUCACAUCCCUAACUAUCGGUAUUGGGGAAUAUUGCUGGAAAAAUCGCAAGGAAUUAAAAACUUUCUUAGCUCUGUGUUAUCGUCGAAUAAUCAAUAUUGUUCUGCAUUGA